AUGAUUGAAUUGAAGCAAAGAAGUCAACUCUUGUCGAAGAAUGUGAUCCAAUAUAUGUGUGGAGUUGUGAUUGGAUUCACCAUUUGUUCCCAAUUAACCACUUUUAGAUACCAAUGGACUGAAACACCCUUUUGUUCAUUACAUUCACACCAAUCGCCUAAUAAUCCUAAUUAUAGGCCGCAAUCACAUACAGAACCGUUGGAUCAGUUGAUCCAAAGUGUGGUCCAACACAAUGACGGCCACAAUCUGGUGCUCAUCGGAGUAAUGACUGCUCAGAAAUAUCUCGACUCAAGAGCUCUGUCUAUAUAUAAAACAUGGGCUCAAAGUCUUAACGGACGGAUCAUAUUCUUCUCGAGCUCGUCGUCGAAGUCUUCGUAUGGCAUACCUCUGGUUCCUCUGCCAACUGUUGACGACUCAUAUCCGCCCCAAAAGAAGUCGUUUCUAAUGUUUAAGUUUAUGAGCGAUCACUUCAUCGACCGCUUCGAGUACUUCAUGAGAGCCGACGACGACGUGUACAUCAAUACCGAACGGUUGGAAGAGUUGUUACGAUCGGUGAACAGCAGUCGACCGCAAUUCAUAGGUCAGGCGGGAGUCGGCAAUAAAGAAGAAUUCGGACGAUUGAGUCUCGAGUCCAAUGAGAACUUCUGUAUGGGAGGGCCCGGAGUUGUCAUGAGUAGAACCACUCUUCAGAUAUUCGCCAAAAGCAUUCACUAUUGUCUCAAACACUUGUAUUCCACUCACGAAGACGUGGAGAUUGGCCGCUGUGUCCGUCGAUCGGUAGGCAUUCCCUGCACUUGGAGUUACGAAAUGCAGCGAAUAUUUCAUCACAACUCUUCUCACGAACAGUCCAUCAAAGAGGACACCAUUAGUUCCCGACAAUUGCUUAAAGCAAUUACAAUACAUCCGAUCAAAAAGCCGUCGACUAUGAAAGCACUUCAUCUGUACUUUAAGAACAAAGAACACCAGGAAUUGAGGCACAAAUUGAAUCAAUUGUCACGAAUGAUGAUUAAAACUUCUCAUUUACUUAACACAUCCGUCGAUGAAAUACUUAGUCAUUUGAGUGAUUCAUAUUCUAAGUCUUCACAUUUGGGACAAUCCAUUGAUUUUAACUCACUUUCCAAAAGAGAAUCUUAUAUUCCGUGGGAUUUCAUAUCACAUAAUCUCUAUUCGGCCACAAAUAUUAACCCUAAAAGACAUGUUGAAAGUCAUAUCUGGAGAUCUAUUGAGAACAAUAUUCAAGACAUAAUGUCGUUAAUCAACAGACGGUCCAAACAAAAGGGCCGAACCAUGGAAUACAAAAAUCUUUUCUACGGUUAUAUGAGAGUCGACCCAAUGGUAGGCAUUGAGUAUAUUCUCGAUUUACUAAUGGUUUACAGGCGUUAUAGGGGUCGCAAAGUGACAAUCCCUGUGCGCCGACACGCGUAUGCCGUCCAAACAUUUUCGGAAAUACAAAUCAGAGAGACUCAAGUCUAUGAACCGUCAAAAAUGGUUAAUAUAAUUGUUCCGCUCUCAGGAAGAAUAGAAGCCUUUCAGAGAUUUAUUGAGAAUUUCAAAGAAGUGCAAACUAAAGAUAAAUACAUUAGUUUAGCGGUUAUUCUGUUUCCCGAUUCGACCCAAAGUUUGAAUCAAACGAAAGCCAUUUUAAACGACGUCGAAAAGAGCGGAAUAGUUGUCAAAGUGGGACAAUUGGGAGGCUUUUUCUCGCGCGCGGCCGCUCUUCAAAGAGGGUCAGCCAUGUUCUCAAUGGACUCUUUAGUACUUUUUCUUGACGUUGACAUGCAUUUUACCGAUGAAGUCAUAGCUCGCGUUCGUCUCAAUACCAUUCAUAACAAACAGAUCUAUUUUCCCAUUAUAUUCAGUCAAUAUAGCCCUCAGUUUGUUAACGACAAUAAUCUAAACAAUAGAGAUAUAUAUGAAGAUCGCGGGUAUUGGAGACAAUUUGGGUUCGGAAUCCUUUCCAUAUAUAAUAGCGAUUUGCAAACAGUCGGAGGUUUUAAUGUAUCGAUUCAUGGCUGGGGUAUGGAAGACGUCAAUCUCUACGAUCGCAUCAUUCAAAGCAAUUUUACAAUAUUUCGCGCAAUUGAUCACCAAUUAGUCCAUAUCUAUCACGAUAUACAUUGCGAUCAAUCUUUGACUUCAAUUCAAUAUGAGAUGUGUUUGGGAACGAAGUUAACGAGUUUAGGCUCUGUUCAACAGUUGGCUAAAUAUAUUAAUUUAAAUAAAUUUCUUAAAUUAUGA